AUGACUAUUGGGGUUAUGGAAGAGCGUAAUCAGGACGCCACAAUUUAUGUUGGUGGACUAGAUGAAAAAGUUAACGAAUCGAUCCUUUGGGAACUUUUUCUACAGGCGGGACCUGUAGUCAACGUUCACAUGCCUAAAGACCGAAUAAACAUGCAGCAUCAGGGUUACGGAUUUGUAGAGUUUAUGACGGAAGAAGAUGCCGACUAUGCUAUGCGUAUUAUGAAUAUGAUUAAAUUGUAUGGAAAGCCUAUCCGCGUAAAUAAAGCAUCAGCGAAUCAGAAAAAUCUUGAUAUAGGUGCUAAUAUUUUCAUUGGCAACUUAGAUCCUGAGGUAGAUGAAAAGCUACUGUACGAUACUUUCAGUGCAUUUGGUGUUAUACUGCAAACUCCGAAAAUUAUGCGUGACCCUGAAACAGGGAAUUCUAAAGGGUACGCAUUUAUCAAUUUUGCAAGUUUUGAAGCUAGCGAUGCAGCAAUUGAAGCGAUGAAUGGACAGUAUCUUUGUAAUCGAGCCAUCACUAUCUCAUAUGCAUUCAAAAAAGACAGUAAAGGUGAACGACAUGGCUCAGCUGCUGAACGUUUGUUAGCUGCCCAAAGUCCUCUUUCUCAAGCCGAGCGCCCUCAUCAGCUGUUUGCAGAUGCUCCACCUCCUCCUCCCCCUCCGCCUCCACCCGCUCUGCUUGCAGGUACUAUGGCCCAUUCAGUUCCAACCAUGACAUCUAUCACCAUACCUGCUGGAUCUCUAGUCAUGCCGCCGCCUCCACCUCCGCCAAUUCAAACUGCCUUGGUGGGAUUCGGGCAGUCUAUGGUUCAUGGUGCCAUGCCACCUCCUCCCCCGCCUCCUCCACCACCUGUUUUGCCGAUCCCUGUUGCUUCCGCCGCUCCGACGUCCUUCCCACCUCCACCACCACCGCCUCCUUCGGCUAACUUUUCUGCCCCUCCACCACCACCGUUUCAAGGAUUUCCACUCCAAGCCCCAGACCAGCAGUGGCAAACGACAGGAUCUACAGCUCCUGGACCUGCACAAGUUGCAUAACAAUAACAGUGUUUCUGAUGUUUCCCGUUACCUCUAUAAUAUAUAGUGUAAAA